UACAAUAUAGUAUUAUGGAAGUUUAGUUAUGAGCUAACCGUAACACCUCACUUAAUUAGUUGUUAGUUUGAUUAUAUUAAUAUCAAUAUCAAUAUAGAUGUUGUAUUUUAUUUGUCAAAUUCCAUUUAUCUGUCACAUGGUAACAAACCAUUUUCCCUAAGCGGUUGAGUAGCUAUCUUCAAAUCUAAAAGGAAAAGUACAAGUUGUUUUUUUCCCAAAACAAGAUUGACACAUGCAGUUAGGAAUGGUAUCUCCUUCAAAACAAUGAUACACAAAUUUGGAAACAAGCUUCAACAACCACACAGGAAAGGGAUCAAUGGAAAACACAUUCAAGGAACCAACUCAUCUUUUUGUUUCUUGAGUUACUUCCUUCCAUUUCAACUUUUUUCACUAAAAUAACCUCAUCAAAAUGGAAACUCCUCCUAGAUGCAAAUUUGCAUUCAUCCUUUCUAUUAUCAUCUAUCUUUUUCUUGGCUUUGUUUCAUUCUCUUUAUGUAUAGUCUCUGAGAUUAAGCGGAAUAAGAAAGAGGAUCUUAGAUGGAAUGGAAAACUAUGUUAUUUGCCAUCAAGUCAAGCAUUUGGAUUGGGUAUUGCAGCUUUGGUUAGUUUCUUUUUGGCCCAGAUAAUUGGAAAUUCUAUAUUAUUUAAGAAUUCUUACUCAAGAAGGAAAAUAAAUGAACAAUACAAGCUACCUUUCAUUGCAAGGUUUCUAAUUUUGAUAUCUUGGCUUAGCUUUGGAGUUGCAAUUAUUUUACUAAUCGCAGCCACAAGCAUGAACAGAGAGCAAGCCUAUGGGGCAGGUUGGUUGAAUGGUGAGUGCUACCUGGUCAAAGGAGGAACUUACGCAGGCUCAGCCAUAUUGAUUCUAGUUACAGUAGGCUCAAUAAUUGGUUCAACUUUGUCAACGAUAAAGACCAAUCAAGCUGACCAGGGUGGCAAAAUACACGCACAAAUGGGGUAACAACACAGAUUAGAUUAAAGAAUUUUUUUAUACUAGAAAACAAUACAAUAAAGUAAGAUAUGCAAAAAGAGUCAGUCUUUUAAUGAAAACCAAUAAGUUAUAAAAUGAGUUGAUUAUGAGAACUAUCAACUUCACAUAGAAGCCUUACAAGUUGUAGAAGGCAGGAUCCAAGGCCUACAAUUUCAUGCUUUUUAAGAGUUUUUUUUUUUUAAGUAAAAAGAAGGUGCCAGUGGAAACUAAAAUUCAUUGACUUGCUUAUCCAAUGUCCCAAGGAAUAACUUUAUUUUUCAACUUACAGGAAACGAAAGAGACAUUUUCAUUUGUACAUAUUCUCUCCGAGGUAGUGACUGCUUCGUAUAGGAACCCCUUUUAGAUCCCCCUGCAUAGGUUAAUAAUUAUUUUGUAUAUUAAAUAAAUUUUCAACUACCUAGUUGCAUUAA